AUGUCUGCAUCAGCACUCAAGUCGUCAGAAGGAACGCUACCAUUCAUAGUGGAUGGCGAGACUCACCAGACGUGGUACAAGGUGGUCGGCGACCUCCAGAAUCGCACCCGUCCUCCGCUCGUCGUCCUGCACGGGGGCCCAGGCCUCAGCCACGAUUACCUCGCGCCCAUUGGAGACCUCGCCACAACUGCAUCUACCCCCGUCAUCUUCUACGACCAGAUCGGUAUCGGGCGGUCCUCACACCUCCCGGAGAAGCCAAAUUCAUUCUGGACAAUUGACCUUUUCCUCGACGAGCUUACCAGUCUCGUUGAGGCACUGGGCAUCCAGGAUGCUUUCGAGCUGCUCGGGCACUCGUGGGGCGGGCAUCUCGCCGUCGAGUUUGCCAUCAGGAGGCAGCAUCCAGGCCUUCGUCACUUAAUUCUGAGUAAUACACAUGCGUCACAGGCUCUGCAUGGAGAGAACAUGCAGCGGUUAUUGGAGCCGUUUUCUCUGGAAGACAAGCAGGCUCUUCAGGUGGGCCCCGACGACCCGCACUUCAUAGUUGCUAUGAAACACAUACUGGAGCGUCACGGGUGCUUGGUGCAGCCCAUUCCCAAGGAGGUUGAGUACUCGAUGGAGCUGGGCAUCCCGGGAAAGGGUGACACUACUGUCUACAACGCAAUGUAUACAGGCGAGUACAAGACCUGGGACGUCAGAGACAAAUUGCACCAAGUACUCGUUCCGACAUUGGUCAUUAAUGGACGCGCAGACUACAUGCAAGACAUAGUCUGCGCGCCGUUCUUCGAGCGAAUUCCUAAAGUGAAAUGGAUUACGCUUGAGAAAUCGAGUCACAUGCCUUUCUGGGAGGAGAGGGAGAGAUAUAUGGAGAUCGUUGAUCAUUUCUUGCGCCUUUAA